UGCCCGAGCGGAACCAAUAGGAGGCGAGGAGCCGUUUGAUGCUGGCGCGAAAUCGAUGGAGGUUUUGAAUCGGGCGCUGGCGACCUGGAAUAAUGGCCCAAGCGAAAGAAGAUGAUGAACUCACCAUUCUUGACAAAGAAUUAAAGGAAUUCUGGACGAAAUUUGAAACACCUUUUUGCCGGGAAUCCCUCGACCGGACUUUGGGACUAAGGAAUAAGUACCUCGAAUGCAUAGCCUCACUAAACGAUGAAUGGUCCAGUAAAUUGAGAGAAGGGGAUGAGAUCGUCAAGAAAGUUCACCAGUGUACAAAAGAGUGUUGUGAGAAAAAAAAGUUAGCCGAGGAAAAACAGCAGAAAUUAUCCGAAGUCCUUGCUAAUAUUGAGGAGGAGAAAAAACAAGAGAAAGAGUUGAUGGAAAAUAUUCAAGAACUCAAGAAAGAAUUGAUCAGUAAAAAUAAAAUUUCAGCUGAAAACAAGGCCACUAAAGAAGUGGAGGAAAGGCUACACAAGGCCGAAAAACUGUUUAAAGAAAGCCUUGGGCUAGAAAUACACAGAAGCGCUGAAAAUCAUCUGCAAUUUAUAUUCCGCUGUAUUUCCCACAAAGAUGUUGACCAGCCAUACGUACUUACUCUUUCCCUUAAUGAAGAGGGAGCUUAUGAAGUGAUCUCUUGUUUUCCUCCCCUGGACUGUAUCAAAGAGCUGCAGGACAAAGUACGAGAAACCAACAAUUUUUCUGCAUUUAUUGCUAAUGUUAGGAAAGCCUUUGUUGCCUUGAAUUAUACAUGAUAUGUUCCUUUAUUUGUAAACCUGUAUGUAUCCUUAUUUUUGUCAUAUGUCAUAUUUAGAAAAUGUUUGAAUAGUUAGUGAUUUGAUCUUCAAAACAGAAGAGACUGAACAAAGGCUGCAUACAACCUGCAAGAAUCAAUCCUGCUUCCUGUACAUUUCAUAGUUAAAAGAAAGAAGUUGUAUUUGUGGAUAUGAGAUUCUGCUUCUUCUGGUAGUAUAAAUGUGUAGAGUGUCUGUAUCUGCAAAAGGCACUUCUCCCCUAGUUCUUACGUUUUAUAGUCUAGCUGCAUAUGAAACCUGACCGUGGCAAUCAGAAUGUGAAGGUGGAUUACAGUAAUUGUUUUCUUAUCCUUUCAAUAACAAGCAAAUAAUAAUUUUGACCAGUAUAUAUUAAUGCCUCUGAUAAUCAGCUUAGAAAUCAGGAAAAUAAUUAUUAAAGGAAUUAGCAGAAGUAA